AGGACCUUGGGACACAGGACAUUUGCUUACCUUCCCAGGGCUGGUUCCAGGUCCUCAGCCACCCAGGUGAGCUGCCUGCUGCUGUCACUGCCUCAUCUGGUGCACCUGGACAUGGAGCCCAUGUCUCCUGGGCUGAGAGCCUUCCUCUCAGAGCCCAUGGGAGAGAAGGACGUCUGCUGGGUGGAUGGGGUCAGCCGGGAGCUGGCCUUCAAUCUGGUCAACAAAGGGUUUGGCAAGGGUGAUGCCCCCAAACCACCGUUCCCAGGCCCUGCCUCUUCGAGAUUCUGUCCCCAAGAGCCUCCACAGGCCUACAUCCUGUUGGGACAGUUCCUUCUGAUGCACAAGGACGAGGAUGAGUUCCAGAAGUGGCUCAUCUGCUGUUGCGGCGCCACGGAGUACGAGGCACGGCGGAGCACUACCUGUCUGAAGGAGUGGUGCACCUGCUUCCUGUAGACUCGGCCACCCCACCCCGGAGAACAACACCUCCUCCUC